AUGGAGUCAGUGUCCUCCUCGAAGACAUCAUCCGACGCACACGUCAACGCAGACAACAAAGCCAGGUCAGCAGCAGGUGCUCGUUGAGCAGGCUGCUUCUUGCUCAACACAGUCACACUUGACAGGUCACAUCGUCGUGUGUGUGUUUUGGUUGUGCAGGUUUCACCCGAACCAGUCUGAUUGGAUGUUGAUUCGCUUUGUAGGGUCAUGGCGACGGCGAUGGGCCACAUGUUCUUGUAUUUCCCUUCAGGAAACUUGGUUACACGCGUGCUGCGACGCGUUGCCGUCUGUUGUGGUUGUUGUGGUGGCCCGAUGCCCCAGUUGGCCCACUGGUCGACCGUGUCGUCCUGCUGCUCCAUCGGUGCAGCAUCCCUCUCACUCGAGAGAUCCUCCUCGACAGGUUCGCCAGGCAUGACAGAAGCAUGAUGAGAUUGAUCAUUCAGAUCACUCUGGUUGUGUUGUUGUGUGUGAGUGGCAUCAGGUGAUGGUUGCGCGCCUUCCUGCGCAUCUGGUGGCUCCGCACCGGACCGGCCAGCUGGUUCCACAGCCCCUGAUCGAUCGACCUGCUGCGCACCCAUCGGCUGAGCGGCUUGGUCGUGUGGUGGUCCAUCUGCCUUUGCCGUCUUUUGUGGCUGUGUCGGUUCACGACCAGCAUGUGGCGGGCUAA